GGGCCCAUCAUUAAUAUCUGUCAGCUCCUGCACCUGUUCCAGUCACCAUGCCCCUUCUAAGGCUGACUGCUUUCACCUUUCUGGCUUGCUGUACACUACCAAGUGAAGCAACUAGAGUGGUCACCUGUGACAACGGAGAUUACGUCCAGUCCCUGAUCUGUGAGUCUGGAUUGAUCUUCAUAAAGAGAGCUCUGUACGGUAGGAGAGAUGGAACGACGUGUAGCGAAGGAAGGCCAGCCAACCAGUUGACCAACACACAGUGUUCCCAGAAAAACACCCUGGAGGUCUAUUCAGAGAGGUGCAACGGACUGCAGGUGUGUGGGGUCAACACUCAAGUCUUCAGGACUUCUGAUCCCUGUUACGGAACCUUCAAAUACCUGGACACCACCUACACCUGCACCCCAGCAGCACGCAGCAUAACAUGUGAAGGCUCUGAUGCUCACAUACAAUGUGAAAAAGGUAAUAUCCACAUCCUGAAUGCCAACUAUGGUCGCCGUGACUCCCUAUCCUGUUCCUUUCAACACCCGGCUGACCAGCUGACCAACACCAACUGCCUCAGCCAAUCCAUCAGCACCAAUAAGGUGGCAGAGAGGUGCAACAGGAGGAGAGGAUGUGUUGUCCAGGUAUCCAACUCUGUCUUUGGAGAGCCCUGUGGUGGAACCUAUAAGUACCUGGAUGUGGCUUACAUCUGUGUUUAAAGAUCUUCAGAAGUACCUAAAUAAUAGAGACUCAUGGGUAAUUAUCUUUUCAUCAGAGGGUUGUCUUCUGUCCUGUCAUCU